ACAAAAAUUAUCCUAAAGAAAGUAGGAAAGAUGUAAAUGAACUAAGUGUUGAAAAUAAAAACCUAGAAGGAUCUUUAGAUUUGAGUGAUUUCAAGAAUCUAGAAAAAUUAGAUUGUUCUCAUAAUCAACUCACUAAUUUGAAUCUCUCUCAGAAUUCACAAUUAGAAGAGAUUUAUGUUGAUAAAUUUCCUAAAAAUGAGACAAGCGAAUAUUUAGGUUGUGAGGGUAAAAAAAGAAAUGAGAUUGAGAAAUUGAACAUUAGCGAAAAAGGUCUAGAAGGAAAUUUGGACUUAAAUGAUUUUGUUAAUCUUAAAGAACUUAAUUGUUCCAAAAAUAAUUUAACUUCUCUAAAUAUUAAUAGUUUAUUUAGUUUAAAAAGCAGAAUCCAACAAGGAAUUUAUAAUCGUUUUUAUGGUUCUUUAGAAUACUUUCGGAAUUUCACCAAACUAGAAAACCUAAAUAUCAAAAAUACAGAUGUUGGUUACGGUUUGGAAUACCUACCAAGAAAUGUUGCAUAUGUCGAUUGUCUAUCAGAGGAAAGACUUGAGUCAAGAGCAAAUGACAUUUAUGAGGAGUUGCAACCUUUCGUAGACUAUAAUAAAGGCGAAGAGGUAGUUAAAAACAACGAAACAUUGUUUCUCAAAGAAUUACCAACUAGGCUUUACAGUAUAAAAAAAGACAAAGUAGAAGAAACUAAAGAUCAAUUAUGUAUUAUUCAAGAAGGUGAAGAAGCAACAAAAGAUAAAGAAAAUGAAAUUCCUAAAAUGAGACAGUAUUAUAGCAAUGCCGAGGUAACUUUAAUAGCCUUAGAUGAUGAAGUGGGUGAUGUAAAUAAUACCAGUUUAAUUGACAUAUUAACAUUAAAUCAAGCAUCUUACACUGAUGUUGGAAAGUAUAACAGCAGAAAUGAAUUUAAUAAAGGAACUAAAAAAAUCGCUACUCCAGCGAUUAAAAGUCGAGGCAGAAGUGUACCGGUAGAUGGUAUCUAUUCCAUUUUAGGUCUGCUUCCUUAUGGUAAUCAACAGUUGAGAAUGGAUAUGCUGAACCCUUGUCUUGAUAUGGAGAAAGCAACACCACAGAUGGCUUGUAAGAAAUGGGAAGAAUUAUCAGAGAAAGAAAAGAAGGAUCAACAAAAAAAUGGUUCUACUAGUAUCGAAGGCGAAAUUGAAGUUACAUUCCCUAAAACUGCACAUGAAAAAUUAUUACCUUUCGGAAAAGAAGGUAUUGAAUUAUUUGCCACUAAUUACAUUAUAGAAAAAGCAGAUGAAAGUAUAAAUAAAGUAGAAGAAGGAUUUGAAACUGAUGAAGGACUUUAUGAAAAGAAUAUUACAGUAAGAGCAGUGAGAAAAACAGGGAAAAAAAUAUAUUCCGAACGACUUAAUUUAACUGAUGCUUAUCACCGAAUAGGUUUAGUGGAAUUAGGAAAUGAAGAAGGGUUUAAGGAGGAAGCUAUCCAACCCACGGAGUUCACAGUUCAAGGUUGUAUUGAAAAUAUUCUCAGCAAAAUAUUUAGAAAAAAAGUUAGUAUUUUAGCCGCCAGUCGUACCGAUAAAGGAGUUCAUGCCCGCGAACAAAAAUUUACUUUUCGGCUCGAUUGGCUCUUUUCCCAAGCAAGGUUAUUUAGUUUAUUGAAAAAAGCGCUUUGUAAAUAUGUUCUAGUUAAAAAAGUUGAAAAAGUAGAUGAUGGUUUUCACCCUAUUCAUCAAGUGCUCCGCAAAGAAUAUCGCUAUUUUAUUAAUGUCGGUAAAUACGAUAUCUUUCAAAAGAAUUAUCGUUGA